AUGGACAGCAACAUCCCGCUUGAGGAGCUCUUGGCCGACACAAAAGAUCUCUUCGUCACCGAGACCGAGGUCGAGCGAUCUCGCGAGCUGGCCCGCCAGGAAUGGGAACGCCGGCGCGAAGCCAACCCCGACAUCGACCAAGAUCUGCAAGGUGUUUCUGCAAGCCGGGCGUGGGUGCGCCACAACCGCGAUGGCUCUGACCGCUGA